UUUCCGUGUAUCCAGCCUACGUUAGUUAGGUGGUGGAAUCUGCUCUGCAAAGACAAACACAUGUGAAAUUAUUGAUCAGGGUUGAUUGAAUUUAUGGAAACAUGUCAAAGAAACGGGGCAGGAAGCGUAGCAGUGGAGAGCUGAGUGAGAGCUCGGCGUCGACCCUGAGCCCAGACCCUGACAACCUGCUGGGUCGAAGGAUUCAGCACACCUGGAGGGAGAAGGGUAACGUGACAAAGUGGAAAGGCACCGUUCUGGAGCGCCUCACUGUGAACAGCUCCCUCUACAUGGUCAAAUAUGACGGCUUUGACUGCGUGUACGGCAUUGAGCUCUUCAAAGACAGCCGGGUGUCCAACCUGCAGGUGUUGUCAGAGAAAGUCGUGAACAAUAAAAUCAAGGUGCCUCCCGGGGCGGAGGAGCUGGUGGGCCGGGCAGUGGAGCAUCUGUUUGAGAAGGAGGAUGGCGAGAAAAACGAGUGGCGAGGCAUGGUGCUGUCCCGAGCCCCCAUCAUGACCCACUGGUACUACAUCACCUACGAGAAGGACCCAGUGCUGUAUAUGUACCAGUUGUGGGACGACUAUAAAGACGGAGAUCUACGUGUCCUACCCGAAUCAGAGAACAAACACCUGCUGCCAGCAGACAGGAAGCCAGGUGAGGAGCCAGAGAGCCUCGUGGGUAAACAGGUGGAGUAUGUCACAGAUAACGGUCUGAAGAGGACAGGCCUGGUCAUCUACCAGGUCCCAGCUAAGCCCACAGUAUACUACAUCAAAUAUGAUGACGACGUCCACAUCCACGUCUACGAUCUGGUGAAGACCACCUAGUACUGACUGUUUCAUCUUCCGCUGACGGCUCACAUCUGAUCCGACCAGUCGUUACCUGUGAAAGUGUUUCCAGUUUUCCUCCAGCGGGAGGCAAUGUGCCGAAGAUCAAAAACCCCGUCUUAUUUUUUUAUUUUUUAUUUUUUCAAUUUUUUUGGCCUUUUGGCUUCUUUAAUUCUCACACCACAAGACAUCUUAGUUUUUGAUUCUCAAUUUUACGUUGACCUUAAUGUAUGACUAAUGGGUCCCUUAUCAAUGUAAAUAAAGCAGAUCUGAGACCAGUUGUAUAGCCCAGCAGAUGAAAUGGAGCUAGACGUUUGUUUUGGUUAAAUCCCACUUGUAUAGUGCAACUUUCAAACUCCAAAUUCAUACUUUUUGUAAGCAACACAUCAAACUAAAAAUAAUUAAGCUUUCUUACCUAUACCUCUGUGUUUUACUCGUAUUUCAUUUCACUUUUAUAUGCCUGUGCUAUUUAUUUCAUCUGGAAUUUCUGGCUGUGCUGAUGGUUACGUUUUGGCAAAACUUGUCUGCUGUGCUUUAUGUGUGUCACUGAGUGGGCCUCAGUCUGUUGAAUAUAGAAGUCAUAUUCAUUUUACCAGUGUGCUCAUUUUACCAUCAGAGUGAAUUUCAGUUGAAGUGUUUCGGCACUGAUGAGACCUGACCGGCUCGAAACAUGGAUAUAAAACACAGAUAAUUCUAAAAAAAAAAAAAAAAAAAGUCAUGUAUCAUAUUUCUGUUCAGUUUCAUCCUGUAAACUACAAGUUUUCUACAUUAUGAUAAUAUAUGAAAAAUACUGAUGUCGAUGUCAAGUUGUUUCAGCUGUGUUUGUGCUACACACUAUUUAUGUAGUUCAAAAUUGGCUACCAACAUUGUCUAGUAUUUUGGACUCAUGUCUUAAUUAUUUGCCAAAAAAAUGAAUGAUGUGAUAUGGUAUAUUCAGGCCUCAAAAUAUUGUUCAUUGUGACCCUUAAUAUGUUUUGUUCUGUAAAUAUAAUCUGAGACAUUUUUAUGAACGUAAAA